UCACGGGAUCUGUUGUAAACAGGACUUCAUUCUUCUCUCUUAUCAGGAGACACGCAGCUCUGGAGAAGAUCACGCAGAUGUGUGUUUAACAGCGAUCACAAGCCGAAAGUGCUUUAAAGACUUCUUCAUCUGUUUCUACAGAACAACAUUUACACAACGACUUCAAACAGAGACACAGGGUCUUGUUCAGGACAUGAGGAACAUCUGAUGAUCUUCAGAGACACAAAGAUCUCAGAGAAGAGAAGAAAAAGAUGAGUCUCUCAAAGAAACAGAGUGAAAGAUCAGACUCAUGUGUGUCCAGCUCUGUGUCUGUGAAGAGUGACUGGUCACAUGGUUUGCCACCGGACUUAAGUGAGGAAAAAAAAUCAUCUACCAAAAGUGUAAGAUCAGACUCACAUGUGUCUGUGAAGAGUGACCGGUCAAAGGGUGACGUGCCGAACUUCAGUGAAGAACCAUCACAAACCAAACAGCUUCAGUAUGAAACAUUAGAUGCAGAUUUACAAACUAACAGGAAACACAAAAAUAUUACAGACAAUCUCCUGCAGAUCUUCCAGGAUCUUGAAAGCAAAAUAAUCAAAUUUUUAAAGAAAGAACUGAAAACUUUUAAAAAAAUACUACAAAAAGAGGACAUGCAAAACUUUGUGAAGGAUUUUAAUGAGAACAGAAGCAGUAACAGAGAAGCAGCUCUUGAUCUCACGCUUUACUUCCUGAGAGAGAUGAAGCAAGAUGAAGCUGCUGAUACUCUAGAAGAUGAGCUGUUCUUCAUUCAUCAGCUAAAGCGUAGCCUAAAGAAGAAGUAUAAGUGUGUGUUUGAAGGAAUCACAAAGCAAGGAGACUCUACACUUCUGAAGAACAUCUACACAGAUCUCUAUAUCACUCAGGGUUGUAGUGAACAGGUCAAUACUGAACAUGAGGUCAGACAGAUUGAAGUUGCUUCCAGACGUCACGAAACACAAGAGAAACAGGUUGAGUGCAAAAAUUUGUUUGAAGCAUCUGAACAAGACGAGCAGAUCAGAACUGUACUGACAAAAGGAGUCGCUGGCAUCGGAAAAUCAGUCUCUGUGCAGAAGUUUGUUCUGGAUUGGGCCGAAGGAAAAGAAAAUCAAGACAUCAGCUUCAUAUUUCCUCUUCCAUUCAGAGAGAUGAACUUAAAGGAUAAAGAAAAGCUAAGUUUGAUGGCCCUUUUAUCUCAGUUUUUUCCAGAGACGAAAGGACUGAAUCUUACGAGAAGAAAUCGGUUCAAAGUCCUGUUCAUUCUUGAUGGAUUGGAUGAAUGUCGACUUCCUCUAAACUUUAAGGAUAAUGAGAUAUUGUGUGAUGUUUCAUCAGCAGCCUCUCUGGAUGUUCUCCUAACAAACCUCAUCAAGGGAAAUCUGCUUCCUUCUGCUCUCAUCUGGAUCACCACCAGACCAGCAGCUGCCAGUAAGAUUCCUCCUGAAUGUAUUGAGCUGCUGACAGAGAUACGGGGAUUCAAUGAUGCACAAAAGGAGGAGUACUUCAGAAAAAGAUUCACGGAUCAGAAUCUGGCCAACGAAAUCAUCGAUCAUGUUAAACAAUCAAAGAGUCUCUUUAUCAUGUGCCACAUCCCAGUCUUCUGCUGGAUUUCAGCUACAGUUCUCCAGAACAUUUUAGAAGAGAAAAGAAAAAAUGUCAUGAAAAAUAAUGAGUCUGAAGAUGCCUCCAAAACACUACAGGAGUCAAAUACUGAAGACACUCCUAAGACUCUGACACAAAUGUACACACACUUUCUCAGAUUUCAGAUCCAGCAGAGCAGAAGAAAGUAUGAUGGAGAACACACACCAGAUGUUUCCUGGGAUAAAGAUGCUAUCUUUUCACUGGGGAAACUGGCAUUUGAUCAGCUGGAAAGAAACAACGUGGUCUUCUAUGACACAGAUCUGAAAGCAUGUGGUAUUGACGUCUAUAAGGCAUCAGUGUACUCAGGCAUGUGUACCCAGAUCUUUAAGGAGGAAACAGGGAUCGUUCUUGGUACCAUGUACUGCUUCGUUCACUUGAGCAUUCAAGAGUUUAUUGCAGCUCUUUAUGCUCAUCUGUUUCUAGAAAUCAACAAGAAAAGUGUGUUUGAUCAAGACUCAGAACAGAAAAACAAAAGUGAAAUUGAUUUCCUCAAGACUGCGGUGGACAAGGCUCUAGAGAGUGAUAAUGGACACCUGGAUCUUUUUCUUCGAUUCCUCCUUGGUUUGUCACUUCAGUCCAAUCAGAGACUCUUACAGGGUCUGUUGACACAGCAGAAUAGAAAUGACCAGAUCAAAAAGGAAAUAGUUGAGUACAUCAAGCAGAAAUUUGAAGCUAAUCUGUCUCCAGAGAGAUCCAUCAAUCUGUUCUACUGUCUGAAUGAACUGAACGACCAAACUCUGGUGAAAGAGAUUCAGAACCACCUUAACAAAGGAAGUCUCUCAUCUGCUGACCUUUCACCUGCCCAGUGGUCUGCUUUGGUCUUUGUGUUGUUGACAUCAGAGGAGGAGCUGGAGGAGUUUGAUCUUCAGAAAUUCAAGAAAUCAGACGAGUGUCUCAUUAGAUUAUCAGCAGUCAUCAAAACCUCCAAAAGAGCUCUGUAA